AUGGGAAAGUCACCUGUGCGCACAGGCGGCGGCCACGCCGCGGCAAAGGUGGUGCUGCCUGCUGUGGCGAUCGCAAUCGGCGUUCAUUCCGGUCCCGCCGUGCUGGCGACGCUCUGCGCCGGCUUCCUGUGGAACUUGCUGUACGUCCGAUACUUCGCCCCGCUGUACGAUCGCAAGGCGCGGCUCAAGUUUGUGGCGCUCUCGUGGUGCCGAGACAUCAUAGUGGUUGCCGUGCGGUACUUCAUCGUCUGUAACGGCCACCACGGCUCGCCGCUAGCCUGGCUCUUCCUGCUGCCACUCGGCGUCUUCGAGACGCACACGACGCAGUGGCUCGCCGACUGGUACGAGCGGCGGCCGAUGAAGCACAUCACCGCCCACCAGGCCUUCGGACUCUCGAUCGGCUUCCGAGUCUUCAACAUGGCGCCCGGAGGCCCCUCCCCCGCAGCGCUCCUCGACGUCGUCUGGCGCGCGCCGCUCUUCGACGUGGGGCUCGACCUGGGCUUCUACACGCUGCACCGGACCUGCCACAAAAACAAGAAGCUGUCAACCGAUCAUUCCGUCCACGACUCCAAGCCGCUCACAAAUUUCUCUGAGCGGCUUCCCGCUCUUUGA